AUGGCAACUAAGUCGAACGAUGUCGAGACCUCAGCUCUUGGUCUGGACGACAUUCAUGAAACACUUAUUGAAAUAGCUUACAAGGCGGGUGAUAUUAUCACUGGUGCGCUUCCGGCUACCAAUGGUGCCGGCUCAAAGAAGAACAGUGCGGACUUGGUUACUGAGUACGAUCGUGCAGUAGAAAAGAUGAUAUCUACCACGCUGGCUGAAAAAUAUCCACACUAUAAGUUCCAUGGCGAAGAAACUUAUGAUCCUGCUCAUCCAUUGACUGACGAUCCAACCUUCAUCGUGGAUCCCAUCGAUGGCACUGUCAAUUUUGUGCACAGCUUCCCUUGUGCUUGUGUAUCUCUUGGUUUCGCUGUCAAGCGUAUUCCGGUCGUGGGUGUUGUUUUCAACCCAUUCAACCAAACUCUUUAUUCGGCUGUUCGUGGUCGAGGAGCUUUCAUGAACCGUACGACACGCCUUCCUCUUAAAGGCGAGAGUCUUGAGCCCUUGAGCGGCCUCAGCAACGCACUUAUUAGUGUCGAAUGGGGCUCUGAGCGUUGCGGUAAGAAUUGGGAUACAAAGCUGCGAACUUUCGCAAGGCUUGGCCAAACGAAAGAUAAUGGCGGCGCGAUGGUUCGCUCGAUGCGCAGCAUGGGAUCGGCUGCACUCAAUCUUUGCGCAGCUGCUGCCGGCACUAUUGACCUAUACUGGGAAGGAGGAUGCUGGGAAUGGGAUGUCUGUGCCGGUUGGGUCAUCUUAACGGAAGCUGGUGGGAUAAUUGUAGAUGGAAACCCAGGAAACUGGCAAGCUAGCCUUGAAGGAAGGAGGUAUCUUGCCGCUAGAGCAUCUCCGCAGGCAAUAGGCCAGAAAGACAUAGUGGAAGAAUUCUGGAGUCACAUCGAAGGUCGCCUCGAAUAUUGA